AUGGCUCCUGUUUAUGUUCUAGGCAAAGACAUCAAACUAUCCACUUACAAGAAAGCUAUAAGGCUACGAUUGAUUCGUACCUAUACGGUACCUGAAGGCCGCAAUAGUUUGGAUAGCAUCAAGAGCCAGGAAUGUGUCUUCCAUGACUCUGAGGGUACAUACAUUCAUGGUAACAUUCCGAAAGAAUGUGUGGAAAAGUAUUCUAAGCUUUUAACAGAAGGGAAGGUGUAUGCCAUCAAAGAUUUUGCUGUUAUAUCACACUACUACCAAUACAAAACUACUGAUCACAACUACAUGAUAAGAUUUACUCAUGAGACUAUUGUGGAGAGACAUAGACGCAAGGGUUUUCCCUUACUAAUGUUUAGGCUUAAGUCUUUUACUGACUUAAUGGAGGGCAAGGUGUCUGAAAAGCAUCUCAUUGAUGUCAUUGGUAGAGUGGUCGAGUACUACACUCCCAAAGAGAUUGUUAUAGCUGGAUUUCCUUCUAAGUUGGUGGAUUUUCUCAUAGAAGAUGGGCAGGGCAAUCGUCUUAAGUGUACUGUUUGGGAUCAACAAUUUGCUACAGCCAUGCAUUAUUUCAAGACACACGUGGAAGGGCCUUUGAUUGUUUUACUCCAACUGUGUAGAGCAAAAAAAGUGGAUAAUGAGUUCAGAAUUUCAUCCUCCUACAAUGCAACCCAGUUAUGGUUUAAUCAUCCUUGCAGAGAAUUCCAUGAAUUUAAAGACAGUUUGAAAGUGGAUACCAGGCCACCUCUAAGUGUGCAAACUGUGUCUCACAUUUCCUAUGGCAAUCCUGCUGAAAGUUCCAAAUCUCCUAUGAUAGUAACAACUAUCAAAGAUCUGUAUGAAAGAACCGAGGAAGGCUACUACUGGAUUCCUGGAAGGAUUGUUUCUGUGGAGAGUACUACAAAUUGGUAUUACCAUUCAUGCCGGAGUGAGGGAUGCUUUAGAAAGUUGCAUUUGAAGAAUGGGGCUCUACAAUGCCUAAGCUGUGGUACAACAUGGCAGGAGGGAAACCUAAGGUACAGGCUGAUUGUGAGGGUAGGAGAUAAGACCACUGAUGCUCCUUUUCUGUUGUGGGACAAGGAGUGCUCUGAAAUUGUGGGAAAGACGGCUUUUGAUUUAAGGAGCAAAUACUCGGCGGAUGGGUCUCCUCUGCCAACUGGUAUGGAAGAGGUCCGUAAUAAGGCUAUGGUCUUCAAGAUUUCUGUUAAGAAUGAUCACUUCAAGAAUAGAGCAAUAGCUAUACCUGUGGUUGCAAUAGCGCAUGAUUCAGACUUAGUUGAUCAUUACUGCCCGUGUUUAAGUGAUGAUCAAGAUCAGCUAUCUAGAAUGCUAAAUGAAGAUGAUCAAGAUGCAGGGUCUAAUGAAUCUGAAUCGGGUGAUGAGGCAAGCAGUCCAAAUCCUACUCUGGGUAAGAAACAAAAGUUGGAGGAACAAGGAGAGCUACUGGAGUCAGUGUCAUCCAAGAGGAAUUUACUGGAUCAAUUUUCAUCCAGUAGAGAUGCAAAGAAAACAAAGAAUGCUUUUGUUAAACAGGAGAAGAGUUAA